AUGUAUGUCAUGAAUGCGCUGUAUACCAACACCGACAAAUACACUUUUACAGAUUACGAUUACUGUCUCGAAGAAGUCAUGUCGAGUUACUGGGCUAAUUUCAUCAAACAUCUUAAUCCUAAUGGUGUUGCUAUAUCGGCUGCAUUUAACUUGACAUACUGGGCGCCUAACGAUGGCGAGAGCCAGACGGUUGUGCGUGUUGGUGAUGGCUUUGGUGCGACGAAGAUUGCAGAAAAGCAAAAUGUCACUGUGAUCAUGGAGUGCUUUGCGCAGCAAAGUCCUCACUAG